AUGAACUACCCAUCACCACGAACACCUGGAUCGACUCCGAUCCACGAGUGGGAAUAUACACGAAUGUCGUCCGCCACUCCAACCCCAUCACCGCGGCCAAGCUGGCUCGAGACAACGCCUCGACGCCCGGCAACGCGCGCGGCUCACAGCCGGGCCAGCAGCUACUCCCAGGGCGGCGCGUCAACGCCUCGGGCUCCGGUCGAUUCGCCGCGUUACAACAGCUCCGGCCAGUAUGCCACGGUUGAUGUGAGUCCCAAAUAUUUUUCGUCGUCGUCGCGCGGGCCCUCCGGGUCGUCUCAAACUCCUGCCUGGCACGACCGCCGAUUCUCUCACACCUAUGUCCGGGCUAGAACUCCGUUUGGAGAAUCCGACGAGGACGAGAUCUUUGAGGCUUCGGGGCGCACCUAUGUGCUGCUUGCCGAGUCGCGGGCAAGGGGUCGCAGGGACUCGCAGAAUGUUCAUGACUAUGAAGGGAUACGGUACACUAAUCACGACGACUACCCACAGGGUACCGCCUACUAUCCCGACUACAGCCGUGAAGCCGCCUACGACCAUCCCCCUGCCCAUGUCCGGCCUCCCACCAGCCACGGCCACACCCGCCGUUCGUCGGCUGCCGCGGCCAACAUCCCCCAGAGACCCUCCACCGUCCGCCCCUCGACCCAGACCUACCGCGCCAAGGCUGCCGCCGCCACGGCCCCCAAGGCAACCGAGGCCGAUGCCCGCAAGCACCGGAUCCCCACGGGCUACUCGCUCAAGAACUGGGACCCGUCCGAGGAGCCCAUCCUCCUCCUCGGCAGCGUCUUUGACGCCAACAGCCUGGGCAAGUGGAUCUACGACUGGACCGUCUACCGAGCCGGCGCCAACUCGCCCUUAGCCGACAUGGCCGGCGAGCUCUGGCUGCUGCUGAUUCAGCUCUCCGGCAAGAUCAAGCGUGCCGAGGACGUGGUUGGCCGCGUCCGCAGCGUCGAGAACCGCGAGACCAUGAAUGACUUCAUCGAGGCCGGCGAGCGCCUUACCGACAAGCUGCGGUCGCUGCUCAAAGCCUGCGAGGCUCCCAUGCUCAAGGCCGCCAAGAAGAAGCAGUCGGGGCUGGGCAAGAACUCGGGUGUUGAGUUUGUCGACACCCUCUUUGGCCGCGACCGAGAGCUCGCCAAGACGGAGAAGUUCAUGCAGAGCGUGCGGCUCUUUAGCCUCCGUUUCGAUGCCAACUGUGAGGGCAUCCUGCAGAACCCGUCUGCCUAA